AUGUGUGACUCCAAUAAGCGCUACCAAGCUCAAACUGGAGAUACACCACCACCAAAGCUGCUCUUCUAUGCCGCUGAUGGCAAUCGUCUUGAUAGCAUCAUAGCCAAAUACCUCGAGGUGGUUCACUACGGCAGAGUACACCUUCCUUUGACCCGGCUUUCAUAUGCUUCGCAAGACGCCAUAAACAUGAGCCACGGUUUGGACGACUUUGAAGUGCCACCGCCGCCAUUGGAGUCUCGGACAACUGUUGUCGAUUCUGCUAUUAGCCGGCGAGAACGAGAUGAGCGUACAGUCAGAUUGAUCGGCAGCGCUGCUGACGAGGCUCGUUGGCAUCUCACCAGAUCCAUCGAUUGUGAGUCAACAGAGUUCACCGCGGAUGUUCUUCCGCUUCCCGGAUCAGAAUGGCGUCGCAAGGCUUCGGACGAAGAUGUGUACGGCAUUCCAGGCGCUGGGUUCCUCAAAGCUUUCCUGCACCCGCAUGCUCCGCCUGGAAGGCUCUUCGACAUUUCACGGGCAGAUGCCAUAACCAGGGUCUUUUGCCAGGCACUGGAUCUGGCUGAAAAUCGGGCAUAUAACGCAUUGCUUGACGCCGAGAAGGUGCUGGCGAAGAUGAGGGAGGAGGCUGAAGCUGGUAACAUUGAGGAUGUCACGAAGCAGGAGGAGCUGGUUGCAACAAUCGAUGAGCGCACAUUUCUUAGUGUCGCCGCGCUCAAGAUCCUCCCUUAUAUCGCCACCUUCUCCUCCGAAGCCGACCAAAUGCUUACCGACGCGGAACCCGCUGUGAAACGACUAUACGAUGCAUAUAAAAACGCAAAUGAGUUGCGUAAACGAGAUUUGGAAGAUGACAUUGAGCACUGCAAACGCGCUCCAGUGCAGGAAAAUUGGCCAUAUGGAUUGAAACCGCCACCUUUGAAACUGGACGCCGCCCAGCCCUUCCCGUCCGACUUGGAAGCCUACUGGAACAACCUCACCAGAGUCCAGGGCAACACCAUCGCCCGCAUUGAAUACGAUGUUGACGAAGCCUCUAUUCGAUGCGAAUGCGCAGCAAUCAGUGACAUGAACGAUCUGUGGCCGCACACUCCCCAAGCCAACUGGUGGAGUUAUCUAGUAGCAUUCGAGCCAAGAUUCAUGCCCCCUAAAUACGACCUCACUGAGAUGUUCACCGGCCUUGGCAAGGCUAAAAAAGCAGAAAGAUUCCUCGGUCAGCACGCUGAAGCGGUUGAAGUCUUCCAGAGGGCACGCAUGGCACGCAUUUUCAUCACGGGAGGACCGGGUUCUGGGAAGUCAACCUUCGCUACCACUGUCGUCACCGCUAUCUUGGACGGCGAGAUCGUAACUGUGUCGACCACGGAUCAAAUCCAAGCCGACUACGAGACAAAGACGAGUAGAUCUCGUGAAUGGAUCAGGCGCCUCAGAAGGAACUCGCUUUCUCGCACAAGUGACGACGCCGUGGCGGAGCAGGAAACAGCGGAGGCACAGACAUCGACAGAUUAUUACUCCGUCACGCCCAUUGUUCCAACCCUGCCCACAGAAGAGGAUCGAGCAUCACUCACGUCAGGGGAAGUCCUCAACAGUCUCACUGACGCGUUGAGAAGCGGCUACCCCAGCAACACCUUGUUUCCAUCCGGCUUUUCUGCUGAUGAGGACGUUCCAUCAUCGUCAAAGCUUACGCCUCUCGUGUGGACUGCACCCCAAAACGCCCAGGUGGGAGAAGCCGUAUGCUGGCUUCAAGCCAAAGCGCGAGGCAAACGCAUCGUUCGCGUGUAUUCGUAUAAUCGCGAGCUACGUGCACUCAUGGCCGCGAAGCUAGACGGCCCGGAGGACAUGACAAUUGACGAAGACAGCCCAGAGUCGGCCGAGCAUCUGAUCAAUCACAUCAACGACUUCAAGGCCUCUCUCUACAUGGAGAAUAAUCCAGCCUCGGACCCUGCAUCACUCGCUAUGCAAUUGAGAGAGAUUGCCAAAAGAGAUCCUGCAAAGUACAUGACUAUCCUCGAAGCCUGGGAUCUGCAAGUGUCCGACCCGGCGUCAUACAAGGAGCACAAAAGAGACUACCUCUAUGCAGCCCGACAGGCCAUGGCCGACUUUAUCUGCAAAGCUGAUGUGAUUGCCGGUACACCAGUUGCUCUACACAUGCUGUACAACCGCGUCCCCCAGCUCAAGCCAUGCUUUAUCGUAAUUGACAAGGCCGGGCGCAUGACGGAGAACAUGGCCAUUCUGCCCAUCGUCCAGCACCCAAACGUGCCAGCACUCUGGAUCGGUGACACGUCCUCAGACCGCCCCAUGGCCGCAGCUGAGCAAGACGAGCAGUACAAUGCCCUCUUCACGGCGCAACGAAAACGAAGCCUGCUGCGUCGGGUGGAGGGCGCAGGACAAGGUCGACUUUGUGUUUUCUGA